ACACACAACAAUUCGAUCAGAAAAGAUGAGCGAAGAACUUAAUCAAAACCCAUCAUCAGCUCAUCAGUCUCUGUCAAUGAGAGAGGGCAGAAAGUUUCCUUUUCUGUCUCUCCCACAGAACCCAUCAUCAGCUCAGUCUCUGUCAAUGAGAGAGGGCAGAAAGUUUCCUUUUCUGUCUCUGCCACAAAACCCGUCAUCAGCUCAGUCUCUGUCACAAAAACAAUCAUCAGCUGAGAAUCUGUCAGAGAGAGAAGGGAGAAAGCUAUCUUUUCUCCAUAUGUUCUCUUUUCUCAUGCCAUUGUUGGAGGUUAUUAAGAUCAUUAUUGCUUCAGUGGCCUCCGUAAUCUUCUUAGGCUUCGCCUGUGUAACCCUCGCCGGUUCUGCCGUGGCAUUAGUCAUAAGCACACCGCUUUUCAUCAUAUUCAGCCCCGUUCUUGUACCAGCUACGUUAGCCACGGCUGUCUUAACCACAGGGUUCACGGCCGGUGGCACCUUUGGAGCGACGGCCAUUGGUCUCAUCAUGUGGCUCAUUAAGCGUAGGAUGGGAGUAAAGCCGAAGGAUAAUCCACCUCCGGGAGGACUUCCACCGACUGGUGGUGGAGGAGCGCUAUCUCUGACCUUCAAGUCCAAGAAAAAGGCAAAACCGAAGUUGAAGUCAAAAAUUUCUAAAGAUAAGCUUAAGCUGCCAGAAUGGUGUAAGAAGAUCCCUGUGUUAGGUAAAAUGGCAGGUGGCAAAGGUAAAUCUGGAAGUGAAGAAAGUUCAUCUUCGUCGUCCGGGGAUGAAGGUAUGUCUGGUGGCCGAGGAGGUAAAUCUAAAAGUAAAUUAGGACAUAAAUCUGAAGAUAAAAAAUGUAAAAAAAGUAAAUCAAAAAGUAAAAAAGGUAUGUCCGGAGGUAUGUCCGGAAGUGAGGGAGGUAUGUCGUCUGGGAGUGAAGGUAUGUCCGGAAGUGGAGGAGGUAAAUCCAAAGGUGGAGGACGUAAAUCUGGAGGUCUAGGAGGUAAAUCUGGAAAGAUAAAGAGUAAAUCUGGAAAGAAAGGAGGUAUGUCCGGAAGUGAAGGAGGUAUGUCCGGAAGUGAAGGAGGCAUGUCUGGCGGAAGUAUGUCUGGAGGAAGCAUGUCUGGAGGAAGUAUGUCCGGAGGAAGUAUGUCCGGAGGUAGAGGAGGUAGUAUGUCCGGAGGUAGAGGAGGUAAAUCCAAAAGUAGAGGACAUAAAUCCGGAGGUCUAAAAAGUAAAAGUAGUAAAAAAGGUAUGUCCGGAAGUGAAGGAAGUAUGUCUGGGAGUGAAGGAAGUAUGUCUGGAAGUGGAGGAAGUAAACACGGAGGUGGAGGAUGUAAAAGCAAAGGUAAACACGGAAGUGGGGGUAUGUCCGGAGGUCGAGGUAGCUUCGUGGAGGAGUAAAGGACACUGAUCGAGCUAUUCCAACAUUAAGCAGAUCAUUGUGCAUUAGUUCAAGAAUUUUAUGACUGGCAAAUUAAAACAAGAAAAGCCGUCUACAACGUUUUAUAUUUUAUAUGUAAUGUUGAAUCUGAUUAUAAAGAUAAAAAAAAAGGAAAUACUAUAAGACAAUAUUUAUUCUAAUAAUAUUAAUAAUGUGGUAACACUUCAUUCCAUUCUUCUUAAAAAAAAAUCUGUUGUAGAGUUUACUUCUAUUAA